AUGGACUGUAGUUCCCACCAUCCGACCACAAAAAUAUUAGCUUCUCCUCCGUCCAGAGAGAGCCUGCCGGCUAGAGGCAACAUGAUCAGCGCUUCCAAACCCCUCGCCUUUUCCAUUGAACGAAUAAUGGCCAGGACUCCAGAGCCCAAGUCUAUGCCCGUCCCCCAUUUCCUACAGGGAUCUGUACCCAAAGGAGACCCCAAGCACUCGUUGCACCUCAACUCAUCGAUCCCGUGCAUGAUUCCCUUUGUGCCGGUGACCUACGAUACCAGCCCCAAAGCCGGGCUGACAGGGUCGGAACCAAGAAAAACCAACCUGGACUCCUCCACUUCUUCUCCGGCGGCGUCGUCUUUUAGCUGCAGUGAUCUGUUGAACUGUGCAUUGAGUCUGAAGGGAGACUUUGCCCGCGACGCUUUGCCUCUACAGCAGUAUAAAUUGGUCCGACCUCGAGUGGUCAACCACUCCUCCUUCCAUGCCAUGGGGGCUCUGUGCUAUUUCAACAGGGGUGAUGGUCCUUGUCACCCGUCGACCAGUGUCAACAUCCACCCAGUGGCUUCCUAUUUCCUCAGUUCCCCUUUACAUCCACAACCCAAGACGUAUUUAGCAGAGAGAAACAAAUUGGUUGUCCCGACCGUGGAAAAAUACCCCUCGGGAGUGGCUUUCAAAGACUUGUCCCAGGCUCAGCUGCAACAUUACAUGAAAGAAAGUGCCCAGAUCCUCUCGGAAAAAAUUGCUUUCAAAACCUCAGAGUUCAGCCGAGGCUCUCCCAACAGCAAACCCAAAGUUUUCACUUGCGAAGUGUGUGGAAAGGUAUUUAACGCGCAUUAUAACUUAACCCGCCAUAUGCCGGUGCACACAGGAGCCAGACCCUUUGUCUGCAAAGUUUGCGGAAAGGGCUUCAGACAAGCGAGUACUCUCUGCCGUCACAAGAUCAUUCAUACCCAGGAAAAACCCCACAAAUGUAACCAAUGUGGUAAAGCAUUUAACAGAAGUUCCACUUUAAAUACUCACACUCGAAUACACGCUGGCUACAAACCUUUUGUUUGUGAAUUCUGUGGCAAAGGAUUUCAUCAAAAAGGAAAUUACAAAAAUCACAAGCUGACUCACAGCGGGGAGAAGCAGUUCAAAUGCAAUAUCUGCAACAAGGCUUUCCACCAGGUCUACAACCUGACUUUCCAUAUGCACACCCACAACGACAAGAAGCCCUUCACUUGCCCCACCUGUGGUAAAGGCUUCUGUAGGAACUUUGACCUCAAGAAACACGUCCGUAAGUUGCACGAUAGCGCCCUGGGGCUGCCCCGCGCCCCAGCUGAGGCCGGCGCUGACCCACCGCCUCAGAUGCAACCCCAGACUCCGAUACCGCCGCCGCCUCCCGGCUCAUUGCAGCCUCCUCUUCAUUAA